CCUGCCUGGAUGUUCUUGCCUUGAUGAUAAUGGACUGAACUUCUGAACUUGCAGCUGGGGGCUAUGUCAUAGGCACCCUGUGGCCACUCAGCUGAGCUGUCUGUGGGAAAUCAAAACCUCCUGCCAAGUCAUGUGUGCCAGCCGCGUGGAAUCAAACCAUCGUGCCUUCUGCCACUGCAGGCUCCCGUGACCAUCGGAGUGGGAAAGCAUCAGCCUGAAGCACCAGGUGAAGCCAUCCUCGGUCCUGGUUCUCUUAAACUCUGCAAGGCUAUCAUGUAUGUGCUUUACCUAGGAGGACUUUGUUAAGCCCCAGGAAGUGUUGUGAAGAGACACUGCGCUCACCCUUCCACGUGGGGGCGCUGUCGUACAGCGGCACAGCCUAGGAAUCCCUCCUCUUGCGGCAGAGGCGAAACACUUCCAUCUGGGCCGCUCAAACUGGCACUCAGAUCCACACAUUAUCAAGCUGUCACUGGACACUUGAGAGGAGCAUAGAAGAUCAGCUUGCUGUUCACAACCCUGAGGAGCACCACCGGCUUAGCACCCACCUUGAGGUCUUCCCUUCCUCACCCCAGCCACAGGCUCCUCCCUGGGGCCUGCACACCGAGGGAGACCUUCCUCUUUCUAGAAUGUAUGUGUGUGCGACACAGACCCGACCCAAGACCAGACCCAAUUAGUGGUGUGAUGAUUGUCAUUGAGUGGUCAUCAGCAGGGAAUGAAGGAAAUCUCAAAGGCUCUGACUGAAACAGACUGUAAGGAAAAAGCCGCAGACCUCAUUUUGCAGCACAGUUCCUAACAGAAUCAGGGAAGUCUUCAGGCCGCUGAAGGUGAUAGUGUGGAGCUGUGCAUUUGUCCAUGUCACAGCCAACAGGGUGAAUAUCAGAAGCCACCAAAUCUCCUCGUGACCCCAGGGGCAAUACCAGGAACCAACACAACCACAAAGCCUGUGAUGACGUCCACCGGCAAAGUGGAUGAGAGUCCUUUGUCUCUGACCCAGCUGCCUUUUGGCAUCAUCCACGAGGCUGAGACGGACUGACUUGUUAGCUCACAAGUGGAUAAUAUUCAGAACCAUGUGCAGGUCUUGGCCCUACUGAUAAUAGGCUCUGCGCAUAGUUACCCAUUGGGAUUGAAACCCAGCAAUGACCAGGGGCUGGAGAGAUGGCUCCAUGGUUAAAAGCACUGUACUGGCUGUUCUUCCAGCAGGAUCCAGGUUCAAUUCCUAGAACCCACAGGCAGCUCACGACUGUAGAUCCAGAGGAUCCCACAUAGACACACAGUAAGUUUGCCAAAGAUGAGAGUGACUUUAUCAAGUCUGGAUACUUGUGAGAGCUCCUUCACACCUCUAGUGGUCAUAGAACUUGCCCAGGAUGUCAAAGAUGAAACCAAAGAAUGGCUCAAAAACAGAAUCAUCGCCAAAAAGAAAGAUGGAGGUGCCCAGCUGUUGUUUAGACCACUGCUAAAUAAGUAUGAGAAAGAAACUCUGGAAAACCAGAAUUUAUACGUUGUUGGUGCCUCCAAUGUCCGACUGUUACUGGGGGCAGAAGCAGUAGGCCUGGUGAAGGAAUGCACAGAUGCCGCCAUGCGGGCCUUUACCUAUGGAACACGCCACAACUUUAAAGGUUUCCAUGAUAACAAUAACAACUUCCUCACCAUGGCUGAGUGUCAGUUCAUUAUCAAACACGAACUUGAGAAUCUUAGAGCUAGAGAUGAGAAGAUGAUCCCUGGUUACCCGCAGGCCAAGCUGUACCCCGGGAAGUCGCUGAUGAGGAGACUGCUCACGUCUGGCAUCGUGACCCAGGUGUUUCCGCUGCACGACACUGAAGCCCUGAAGAAGCUUGAGGACACAUGGUACACUCGGUUUGCUCUGAAGUAUCAGCCCAUAGACAGCAUUCGUGGCUACUUUGGGGAGACAAUCGCUCUAUACUUUGGGUUCCUGGAGUACUUCACCUUUGCCUUAAUCCCCAUGGCUAUCAUCGGACUGCCCUACUACCUAUUUGUGUGGGAAGACUAUGACAAGUAUGUCAUCUUUGCCUCGUUCAACCUCAUCUGGUCCACAGUGAUCCUGGAGGUGUGGAAGCGUGGCUGUGCCAACAUGACCUAUCGCUGGGGGACACUAGUCAUGAAGAGGCAGUUUGAGGAGCCCCGGCCAGGGUUUCAUGGAGUCCUUGGCAUCAAUUCAGUCACGGGCAGGGAGGAGCCCCUCUACUCUAGCUACAAGAGACAACUGCGCAUCUACCUAGUCUCUCUGCCAUUUGUGUGCCUCUGCCUUUAUUUCUCCCUCUAUGUCAUGAUGAUCUACUUUGACAUGGAGGACUGGGCCUUGAGUCUCCACGAAGACAGUGGGUCCGAGUGGACCAGCCUCCUGUUGUAUGUGCCCAGUAUUAUCUAUGCUGUUGUGAUUGAGAUCAUGAACCGCCUCUAUCGAUAUGCUGCUGAGUUCCUAACAUCUUGGGAGAAUCACAGGUUGGAGUCUGCCUACCAGAAUCAUCUUGUCCUGAAAGUGUUGGUGUUCAACUUUCUGAAUUGCUUUGCCUCACUCUUCUACAUUGCCUUUGUCCUGAAGGACAUGAAACUUCUGCGCCAGAGCUUGGCCACACUCCUGAUCACCUCCCAGAUUCUGAACCAAGUUGUAGAAUCUCUGCUUCCUUACUGGCUCCAGCGGAAGUACUGUGCACGGGUGAAGAGGAAGGUGCAGGCAUUAAAAUCGGAUGUUGACACAACCUUGUAUGAGCAAGUCCUCCUGGAGAAGGAAAUGGGAACUUACCUGGGAACCUUUGAUGAUUACUUGGAGUUGUUCCUGCAAUUUGGCUAUGUGAGCCUUUUCUCUUGUGUUUACCCGUUAGCAGCUGCCUUUGCUGUAUUAAAUAACUUCACUGAAGUCAACUCAGAUGCCUUGAAAAUGUGCAGGGUCUUCAAACGGCCAUUUUCAGAACCUUCGGCCAGUAUUGGCGUAUGGCAGUUGGCUUUUGAAACGAUGAGUGUUAUAUCCGUGGUCACUAACUGUGCUCUGAUCGGAAUGUCACCACAAGUGAAUGCAGUCUUUCCAGAGUCUAAAACAGACCUUGUUCUGAUCGUGGUGGCCGUGGAGCAUGCACUCUUGGCUUUGAAGUUCAUACUUGCAUUUGCCAUCCCUGAUAAACCACGGCAUAUCCAGCAGAAACUGGCCAGAUUGGAAUUCGAAUCUUUGGAGGCACUCAAGCAACAGCAAAUGAAGCUGGUGGCAGAAAACCUGAAGGAGGAGUGCCAGGAAGACAGGAAGGAAGCUACCUGAGCUGCACCAUGCUGGCCGUGCUGUCCCCAGCCUGUGCUGAGGAACACCUGCAUCACACCUGCACAGGGCGGGGACACCAACCUGAACUUAGCCCAGAUGCUGGGCUGUGUGAAGUGGCUGAGAUGCAGCAGGCACACCAAGGUCUAGCUCUGUGGGAGAAGAGGCUGGGACUCACGGUAUCUUUCCCCAGUGUUCUCUCACCUGGACCUCAGGGCCGCACAUACCCUCCAGCUGUGUCACUUUGAUCUGGUGCCUCAGCUGCCCUUGAACUUUAUCCCUAGAGUCACCAGCUUUCCACAUGGCAUUCACAGUAGGUGCCAGUCACUUCUAACCCCAAGGGGCCCAUGAUGGGGUGGUACCCAUUAUACCCAUGGUAGGGGCCAUGCUGAGUCAGAGGUGGCAGUAGUGGUAGGGAAAUGGGGCACACCUGAACAUCCUUCUUGCUUCUUUAUGGUGGUGUGUUGACACUUUGCAACUGAGCUAUUAAAGGCAGAGCUCUGCUCUGACUCCUGCUUCUCCCA